AUGGAGCUCGUACAGGACCUGUUUUUGACGGCGUCUUUCGCGCUGAUUCUCUCUUUCCUGGUUGCGAAGCUCGUUGCCAUGGCGGUGGCUGGCCGUCAAUCGGAAGCGGAGUUCAGAGAGUGUGAGAAUGCCGGUGGAGGUGUUGUUUUGGAGGAGGUGAGUUUCGAAGAGAGGAGACUGAAAGUGGAAAAGGCUUUUCACGGCCAGAGGAGGGUUGAGUUCGUCGGAGAAGUGAAGGAGGUCGAUCAAUUUCAAUUCGAAGACAAACCGGUUCAUCGAGUUGAGGAAAUUGAAGAACCACUGCAGCAUCAUGAAGAAGGUCGUGAAUUGACGGAGAAGGUGUUGGAGGAAGAAGGUUUGGGAGGAGGAGAGUCGGUGGCCGUCGGAUUGCCGGAGAAUCCAUCGGACGGCGAGGAGAAGGUGUCGGUUGAGAAAGCGAGAGACUUCGAUCAUCAAAACUUGGAGAACAGAGGAGUUGAAGAAAUUGGCGCGGAAUCAGCAACGAACGACGUCGUUACUGCACAAUCUGAGGAGCUUAGUGCUGUGGCUUUCGAUGAAGCAAAGGGAAAGAGCGAAGCGAAUGAGAUUAAACUGAAAGCUACCGACUUUGAUCGUGAACGUGGCCACGAGGCUCAGCAAAGCUCGGAGAAGAGAGGAGUUGAAGAAAUUAGCGCUGAAUCAGCAACAAACGAUGUCGUUUCUGCACAACCAGAGGAAGUUAGGGCUGAGGCACACGUGGCCAGUGAGGUUAAAUUCAACAAUUACAGCGAUGAAGAUGAUUGGGAAGGGAUUGAGAAGAGUGAGUUGGAUGAUGAUUUUACUGCUGCUGUGAAAUUUGAAGGACGAUGA